AGGUACCGGAGACAUGUAAGCGCCGUAACAUAUGUAAAGCCUUGGUGUUCGUCGUGCAACACCAAAUACUGAGUGAGAAGUUGUGAUGAGAUUUUGAAUAUCCGCGUCUAAUAACGACGGGUUUAGGGUUUGUUACUCUUCUGUACGAUCGAUUGAUACUUGGAGCUCUUGAUAGAUUUUUCUAGAAAAGCCCGCGCUAAGCUUCACAAGAUUCAUCUGAACAUAGAAUCGAAAAACAAAGUACUAUUCGACGUUAGAGCACUUGACUGCGGCGUUUAAUUUUUUUUUGUUCACGCGUUAGUUUUCCUUCAAGCGAAUCUUUUUUUGAAGCGUAUAGUUACUUGCCACAAGUACCGGAAAUACUCUGUUUCAGAAUGCCUCCCAAACAGGACCGAGACGGAGAUGCGCAUAUGCGUCGAGUUGGAGAGGAAGAAGAACUGAAUCUAAUAGAGCAAGCUUUAUAUGAGCUAUGUGUCGAGUCGUUGGCUACCCAAGGAAAAACAGAUAAUGACCUAACGGAGGCUGUAAAGCUACGGGAGUAUCACAGGCUGCAAGAAACACCGGAGCGCGUAGUCGAGAAAGUUCGGCAGUUGCCGAACUCAAGAAUUGCCGCAACAGUGACGCUAGAGCUCGCCAGCUCUUACUUGAAAUCUUUCACGCUGAACAGCGGCAUGGGUGACGCAAGCCCGGAAUCAGGACCUGCGCACAUGGAGGUAGAAGGAUAUUACUGCACCAGCGAUAGCGAAAUCGAGGCGCCGGAUGAGGGGGCACUGUUUAGCCCGGAAUUCAAAUCCGCGCAUGCGCUCUUGAGCGAGUUUUUUCUUGCCCUCCUUCCUCAACUUCCUCAACUUCUGCAAGACGACCUGUGCGGAGCGUCCGAUAGCUGA